AGCUAAAGAGAUGGUGCAAAGGUGAAGGGCUGGAUGAGGCUCAUGGGCUGAUGGUUAUUGUGCCACAAGAUGUUGAAAUCGCCCAAAUUGAAGAAGUUGUUCAAACUAUUAAGUGUUUGGGGCGUGUACGUGUCAGAGGCAGGAUGUUUGAUUCCACAUUGAGCAGCCUGAUGGUUCUCUGUGAAACUAAAGAGAACCUCACCAGUCUAAACAUUCCCCCUGAAGUGAAGCAUCCUGAGAGUGAAGAGGCUUGGCCUCUGAUCACCAUGGAUGGCACCCCAGCUUCUGAAGAAUUUGGCAGCAAACUGAAAUUACUGUUAGAAGCUGAGGGAAAGACCAUGGAUGAUCUCAAAGCCCUGCUUCCUCAGCCAAGCCCUCAACCAUCCACCAACUCUACUGAGUCCAUCUUAAAGGCUGUUGGAGAUCUGUUGGAAAAAACCAGUAAACCUCCUGCUGAAGUUGGGUACCGUCGCCUGCGCAUUUUCUCAGGACUUCUGCCGGUUCCACCCGGGGAAGAACAGUUUGAUCACUGGCUGGAGCAGGCGUGGCUCAUGGUGGAGGAGAGUGAAUGUUUGGAGAGGGAGAAAAGGCGGAGGUUGAUGGAAUGUUUAAGAGGCCCAGCACUAGAAAUAGUUAAGGCUGUGAGAGACUCGCAUUCUGAUUCAAGUCCAUCUGACUACCUGGAAGCAUUGGAGAGUGUUUUUGGAACUGCAGAAUCAGGAGAUGAUCUGUAUUUUGCUUUUCGUCAGAUGUACCAGCAACCAGGGGAGAAGCUGUCUGAUUUUCUUAGACGCCUAGAACGGUCUCUGUCUAAAGUUGUCCAGAGAGGAGGUAUCUCACCCAGCAACAAAGAUAAAGCCCGUUUGACCCAACUAUUGAAAGGUGCGGUCUCCUCUGAUCUGAUGCUCAUCCAGUUGAGAUUAAGAGAAAGGAAGGAUAACCCCCCAACUUUUCUAAAACUUUUGUGUGAGAUCCGUAAUGAAGAGGAGUACGAAACCUCACGGAUGAAACUCAACACUUCAGUACAUGCUGUGCAGACCAAACAGGUUGCAGAUGCGAAACAGGCAGAGAUUCAAAGCUUAAAAGCUGAGGUAAAAGAGCUCAAGUCAAUGGUAGCAGCUCUGGCCCCUAAGACUGCUGAAACUAGAGCUGAAUGCUCCACUUCCUCACCUGUGACUCCUGCACACACAAGUGAACCAAGUCAAGACCCCGAGCUAGUGUCUUUAAAACAGCAAGUUAAAAGACUGCAACAAAAACUGAGUAAGAACGAGACCACCUGUGAUUCAUCUGUCAGAAACCCUUCAGUUGUGGCAGUUGAAGCUGGUUCCAGAAUCCCCACCAGACCUCCAAAACCCUCUGAGGAGCAGUUUUGUUACCGGUGUGGAGAGAAUGGCCACUUUGUAGCAAAGUGCCAUAACCAAGAAAACCAAACCAAAGUGAUAAGAAAACUGAUACGGGCCCUAAAAACUGUGAAAGAAAACCAGCCUGUUGCAGACACCACACAUUCUGAAACUCGCUGUGAUGUCAAAAGAAGUGUCGUAAACACACCGGCUGCAUCAGGAAUCCCUGAAGGUCUGAUCGGGCCCCCCAGUUUGGUAAAGCUAAAAGUGAAUGGACACCCCUGUAAUGCUCUUAUGGAUAGUGGUUCUCAAGUCACUAUUAUUUUUGAGUCAUGGUACAAAGAACACCUCUCUGAUCUUCCAGUGCAUCCUGUUUCUGGUCUCGCCAUCUGGGGUUUAAGUGAAUCCAACAGCAGCUAUCCUUACCGUGGUUACAGUUUGGUAGAUCUUGAAUACCCUGCAGAUGUUACUGGAAUCAGUGAGACGGUGACAGUUCUUGCUCUCAUUUGCCCCAGUCCCAGGUCUGAAGAGCAGACACCUGUCAUUAUAGGGACAAAUACCUGUCAUGUCAGAAAUCUGGUCAAGCGCUGCAGUGAAAAGGGUCUUGAUAUCACCAAAACUCUUGGCAUCCAAGUUCAUUGUGAAAAUGCUCCUGAACUCACAAGUCUGGCUUCACCUACCCCCGACCUUGAUGAUGUUGGUUGUGUUACAUGGCAAGGUCCAGGUCCCCUUACAGUUCCCCCUGGGCAGGACCUGCAGGUCACCUGCAAAGUUGAACUCAUGCAAGAAGUUGAGAAAGAGAUCCUGAUGGUUGACAUGUCCCCUUCAGAACCACUUCCAGCUAGUGUGCUGUUGCAGCCUAUGGUUGUGUCUGGCAAUGCAGUGAAUGUUAGCAAUUUCCGGGUUCUGGUCCAGAAUCAGUCACUUAGGGAGACCGUCAUACCAGAGGGCACCGUCAUUGGGCGCAUGUAUCUCACAGAGAGUGUCACUACAGUUCCUCUCCAAAAGAUGACUGCUACUACCGACUUUGACAAAACACUGAUUAACUUUGGAGACUCCCCUGUAACAGAGGAGUGGAAAGAAAGACUCCGUGAGAAGCUGUCCCAACGAUCUCAUGUCUUCUCUCUGAAUGAGUGGGAUGUUGGAGAAGCUAAAGGGGUAGAACACACCAUUCGUCUCUCAGACUCCAGACCAUUCAGACAGCGGUCCAGACGUUUGACUCCUGCUGACAUUGACGACGUAAGGAAACACCUUCAAGAGCUUACACGUGCAGGCAUCAUCAAAGAGUCACGUAGCCCUUAUGCGUCACCAAUUGUCAUUGUCAGAAAGAAGAACGGUACCAUUCGAAUGUGUAUUGACUACAGGUUACUGAACAGCCGUACAAUACCAGAUCAGUACACUACCCCUUGUAUCGACGAUGCACUGGACUCCUUAUCUGGCAGCAAAUGGUUCUCAGUGUUGGACUUAAGAAGCGGCUAUUAUCAGAUACCUAUGGCUGAGGAAGAUAAGGAGAAGACGGCAUUCAUUUGCCCACUGGGGUUCUUCCAAUUUGAGAGAAUGCCCCAGGGAAUAACUGGAGCCCCGGCCACUUUUCAAAGAUUGAUGGAAAAAACUGUCGGUGACAUGAACCUUCUGCAGGUUCUUGUUUAUUUGGAUGACAUAAUCGUCUUCGGGAAGUCCUUGGAAGAACACGAGGAGAGGCUGCUUAAGGUGCUUGACAGACUGGGAGAGACUGGUCUGAAGCUUUCGCUGGACAAAUGUCAAUUCUGCCAGCCAAAGGUAAAGUACCUUGGACACAUUGUUUCAGCAGAAGGUGUCUCACCUGAUCCUGCAAAGAUUGAAUCCAUUACCAGCUGGCCCCAGCCCACUGAUCUGAAGACUCUGAGAUCUUUUUUGGGAUUUUGCGGGUAUUACAGGCGAUUCAUAGCGAACUAUGCUUCCAUAGUAAGACCCUUAACAGAGCUGACCAAAGGCUAUGCUCCCACUCAAAAGAGUAGCAAGCUAAACAAAGAUCCCUCCAAGAGCUAUUUGAAAGAGUCUGAGCCAUUUGGAAAAAGAUGGGAUAAAUCAUGCACAGAUGCUUUCCAUCAGAUCAUCUACUGUCUCACACAUGCUCCAGUGCUAGCAUUUGCAGAUCCAAAAAAACCAUACAUUCUCCAUGUGGAUGCUAGUUUAAAGGGAGUUGGCUCAGUUCUCUAUCAGCAGCAUUCAGAGGGUUUGAGACCAGUGGCUUUUGCAAGCAGAAAGUUGAGCCAGUCAGAGAAACGGUAUCCAAUCCACCAGUUGGAGUUUUUGUCACUCAAAUGGGCUGUCGUGGACCGGUUUCACGAUUACCUGUACGGAGCCCGGUUCACAGUGCGAACAGACAAUAACCCCUUGACUUACGUGCUCUCAACUGCUAAGCUGAAUGCAGUGGGACACAGAUGGCUUGCUGCCUUAUCUACUUACGAUUUUGAUGUGCAGUACAGACCAGGAAAGCACAACAUAGAUGCUGACCUUCUUUCGAGAAACUUUCCAGAUGAUGACGCUCACCUGGACUGGGAGACCAUAUCACAGGAUGGAGUAAAGUCCAUCUGUCAAAGAGUCAGCAUGCCAACAUCCGCAGAUGGUUCAGUCCGUUAUGUGGAUCAGCUUGGAGCUCCUCCAGAAUGUAUUCCCAACAUCUACUCCUUCCCAAUGCACAUGGAACUUGAGGCUUUGAGACAUGUGUCAAAUGAGGAGCUAGCACAGGCACAAAAAGAGGAUCCAGUCAUUGGACCUGCCUUCCAGGCUGUUCAGCAGCAUAAAUGGCCUGAACAUACUGACAAUAAUCCAGAGUUUUCCCAGCUGAAAAGAGAGAAGGAGAAACUGAUUCUGAAAGCUGGCCUUCUCUAUCGCCAGUCCACAUUGCCUUCAGAGGAGAAAGUAAAUCAACUCCUCUUACCAGCUGAGUACCGGGACACUGUUCUAAGGGCAUUACACGAUGAUUCAGGACACCUUGGUAUUGAAAGGGUAGCUGAUCUCCUCAGACAGAGAUUCUUCUGGCCAAAAAUGACCAAACAUGUCGAACAAUACAUAAAGAACUGUGGAGAAUGCAUAACACGCAAGUCCCCUAAUCAAAGAACAGCUCCCUUACACCAGAUCACCAGCAGGGGACCUAUGGAUCUUGUGUGCAUUGACUUUCUCUCAAUAGAAGCAGACUCAAAAGGUAUGAACAGUGUAUUAGUGGUGACUGAUCACUUUACACGUUAUGCACAAGCUUUCCCCACAAAGAACCAGAAAGCUCAAACAGUAGCUAAGAUCUUAGUUGACAAGUUCUUUGUGCAUUAUGGACUACCAACUAGGAUUCAUUCUGAUCAGGGGCGGGAUUUUGAGAGUCGGCUGAUUCAAGAUCUGUUAAAGAUGAUGGGGGUUCGGAAGUCACGUACUUCUCCUUAUCACCCACAGGGAGAUCCGCAGCCUGAAAGGUUCAACCGGACCUUGCUCUCCAUGUUGGGAACAUUGACUCCUGAAAAGAAGCGUCAGUGGAGCCAACAUGUACCCUACUUAGUCCACGCCUACAACAGCACAAAAUGUGAUUCAACAGGGUAUUCACCCUAUUACUUGAUGUUUGGCCGGGAAGCCAAGCUUCCAGUGGACUUAUGUUUUGGAACCUCUACUGACAGGAAAGUGGACAGUCAUUCCCGUUAUGUGGUGAAGUUAAAAGAGGACCUGCAAAAAGCUUAUCAGCUGGCAUCUGAAACCGCAGACAAAUCUCACCUAAAGAAUAAGAAGUCUUACGACAAAAGAGUUGGCUUCCAGUCUUUAGAGAUUGGUGACAGAGUGCUUCUCAGAAAUUUAGGUCUGAAAGGAAAACACAAGCUUCAACCACGGUGGAGUUCUACCCCUUACCUUGUUGUGGGAAAGAUGCCAAAUCUUCCUGUUUACAAGCUCAGGCCUGAGAAUGGGAAGGGGAGUGUUAAAACGCUUCACAGAGACCAUAUUCUGCCCAUAGGACAGCUUGUGAGACUGCCACAGACAGAUGUGACACCUGAUUCAUAUGUCAGGGCCAGAACAAGAACUGAUACUUCUAGAAAACAGACCUUGACCUUACCUGACACUCAGACAGUCAAUCCAGAACCACUGAGCUCAGAUUCUUCUUCUGACUCGGACUACUACCGACCUGCAAGGACUUUCUAUAAGCUCAGAGAGACUCCUAUGUACAGACCGACUGUACCAGUUUCAGAGGUCAUGCAGGAGGAGGUGGAUAUCCCUCUGUCAGAAGAGAGUUCUGAUGAUGAUGUGGAGGAGGGACCCAGUCUCAAUGUUGCUCCUGAGUCAGAUGGAGAUCACGAAGAAGCUGAGCAAGAGAGUUCUGAGGAGUCAGAAUCUGACACAAAUGAGAAUCAAGAUGACAGUGUUGAUAGGUCUGCAAAAGAAGUAGACGCUAAUGAAGCACAAGAGCAGUUGGUUGAUCACACUGAAACUCGCUCAAAGAGAACAGUCAAACCCGUAGUCAGGCUAACCUACGAUGAGCCAGGGAAAGCCAGAGAUCAGUCAAUCACUAUCAUACACAGAGGUGUUGUCAUUAAGAUUGGAAAGGGUUAAACUGAGAUCAGCUGUUAUAUCUACCUUUCUCCUGAUGUUGGUGUUUUAUUCCUGAUGUCCAGUUUGUAUAAUUCAUGUCUGUUGAGGACACCAGACUGUUAGAAGGGGGAGGGUGUAACCCUGAUGAAAUGUUGAAGUACAUUUCAUAUAAAUAGUUCAUGGUUGAUUUAAAAAAACAAAAUGUUAAGAAGAUGUAAAAAGUCAUUUGUUUUGAUUGUGUUUUAAAAAAUUGUUAAAUUCAUUUUAAAUUGUGUUUGAAAAAGAGAAUGUUUCAUGUCAUGAUGUAAGCACAAAAAAGAGAGAGCAUUAUUUUAUUUUAAUGUAAGAUUGAUUUUGUUAAAACCGAGAUGUUUUGGUCAUGUGACCUGACGGCGGAGGGAUACAGAAAGUGCUGCGGCACGCGGGAGGAGAGGAGACACGCAUGCUCGAGGAAAGAGAGGAAAACAGUUCAUUUCUGUGAGUUUUUUUGAGUGCUUGUGCGCUGGAUUGUCGGCCUGACAGUCUGGGAAGCGACAGGUAGAAGUGGGAGCGGCAGUUAAUUUCGGCCUGAAGUUUGUUACUGUCCGUUUUCAGUCAGAAGCUGCCUCACUGGCUAAGUGCAGGCUAAAGCUAGCCGACACGUUUUGGGACUGUUUGCAUGCAGCUGUUAGCUAACGCAGCUAGCCACGUAGCUGUGAGUCCGUUCCCGGUCUGGAAACAAGAGGACAACCAGAUAGCGCUCUGAGCUGCCUGGGAUGCUCAGAGUUCCUCUGGCAGCGUUGGAGAACCAUCACAAACCGUGAGGACAUGGAGGAGGAUCCCUGUGUGUGUGCUUCAAUUCUCAUCCGCACUGAGGUGAACUGACUGGAACAUUGCUCUGGAAAAAGGUACUUUUCUUCUUUAUUUUAUUUCAUCGGUGGAAGGCUCGGACCCUUAAGUUUGGGUUCCAACGUUCUCAAGCCACGACUCAGGCCUGCAACGUUUGUUAUUUUAAGGGGGUGCCGGCUUUAUUUUGAUAAAAGGUUUGAGACUGAAACUGAGACACUGCUGAGGUAUAAUAUUUUAUUUGCUGGAGAAAAACCUUGGUUAUUGAAGUGUGUUGCAUUUGUGUUGACUUUAUACAAGGGUGCUCAUAUCUGUUUUAUUAUACUGGUUUUGUUUACAAUUAUUUUCUUUUAUUAAAUUCAGAAUCUGCUUUUUCCAUACUACGGUUUCUGUUGUGAUUUGAAGGUGCCAUUUACUCAUUUGCUAAAUCCAAAAAUAUCACACAAAUAUACAAGAG